AUGGCUACAACAGUGGCACGCGAUGAGCGCGCGCAACGGCGCGCUGCUUCGGCUGAACGGACGGCUGCUGAAGCGGCAGCUGCUGCAGCGAAACGGCAGAAGCCAAGUGGAGGGAUGACGGUCGAGACGGACGAAGGAGGCACGCAGGUCUCCGUGACGCUGGGGACGGCGGAGAUCCGAAGUGCGGGUGAUACACCGCUGGGCACGAGCUGCGGUGACGGCGCCGGAGGACGUACUGCAGGAAGCGACAACGGCAGUGGACAACCGGGAGGAAGACGCGCGCCGGCUGGAAGCGGUGACGUCGAGGGCCGUGGUCGUCCAUCUGGCGAUGCUGGCUCAUCGGGCGGCAGCGGAAGCCCGAGCAGCGACAGCGUAACGCAACCUGGGCCGAGCGUGGACGUCGCGGGACACAGCGGCGCAAUUGUGGACCUGACGAACAUUCGAGGUGAUGGCGGACGGGGCAGUGCGAGGCAGAGCCAAGCGCCUCCACCGCCACCACCAGCACGAGGAACAGGAGUGGGAAUGGCACCGGCAGGUGGUCCAGCACGAAUGCAAGCGCCACCACCACCGCUGGCCGUCCGUGAGAAAGCCAAGUCCCUCAAACUGUCCAAGUUCAAGGGACUCGACGACAGCAUGCCUGUGACGAUGUGGCUGAAGACAGUGAGAGCGGAAGUGCGCAGACAGGCGGCGACGAUGGGCGUCCAGUGGACCGAAGCGCAGCUUUACCACGAGGUGGCGGCACACUUGGACGGCGAAGCGCAGCGCUGGUUCGCGACGGUGAUGGAGACGGUCGCGCCGGGCGACGAGAACAUCGACACCUUGGCGUCCAUGCUGAGGGCGACGUACAUGACGAGACGCACGAUGCCGGAGGUCGUCGAUCUGCUCAACGCGCGUCGACAGCUGCGAGGUGAGAGGUUGCUGGAGUACGCGCAAUCGCUGCGCGAGAUCGCGGAGCAGGGCGACAUCAGCGAGGACUGA